AUGGGCUACCGCAUUGCCAUCGACAGAGGCGGAACGUUUACUGACUGUGUCGGAAACCCCGGCUCCGGCCGGCAAGAGGACGACGUCGUGCUCAAGCUUCUAUCCGUCGACCCGGCCAACUACCCCGACGCGCCGCUAGAAGGAAUCCGGCGCUUGCUUGAAAAGUUGUCCGGCACCCAGAUUCCCCGUGGCCAGCCGUUGGAUACGUCCAAUAUCGAGUAUCUCCGAAUGGGCACCACGGUCGCCACCAACGCGUUGCUCGAGCGCAAAGGCGAGAAGUGUGCGCUCAUCACCACCAAGGGCUUCAAGGACGUGUUGGCCAUCGGCAACCAGAGCAGGCCGCACAUCUUUGACUUGUCCAUCAGCAAGCCGGACGUCUUGUACGACUGCGUGGUGGAGGUGGACGAGCGCGUCACGCUCGAGGACUUUGUGGAGGACCCGGCCCGCCAGGUGUCAGCCGCCAACGGCCGCGACUUGGUCACGGGGCUCUCGCUGGAGACCGUGCGGGUGCUCCAAACGCCCAACGAGGCCGACGUCAGGCGCUCGCUCCAGCUCGUCUACGACGCCGGCAUCCGCUCCGUGGGGGUGUGCUUGAUGCAUGCGUACACGUACCCCGACCACGAGCGGAUUGUCGGCGACAUCGCGCGCCAGAUCGGGUUCACUCACGUGUCGCUCUCCAGCUCGUUGAGCCCCAUGAUCAAGUUCGUGGCCCGCGCCAACUCCGCCAUUGUGGACGCGUACUUGACGCCCGAGAUCCGCAAGUACUUGCGCAGCUUCGAGGCCGGCUUGGCGCACGGCUACCGCAGCGACAGCAACCGGGACGGCGUGCGCUGCCACUUCAUGCAAAGCGACGGCGGGCUCGUGGACGCACACGCGUUCUCGGGCUUGCGGGCCAUCUUGUCCGGUCCCGCGGGCGGCGUGGUGGGCUUCUCGGCCACGUGCUACAAUCCCCACAACGAGGUCCCCCUCAUAGGCUUCGACAUGGGAGGCACGUCCACGGAUGUGUCUCGGUACGGGGAGGGCAAGUUCCACCAUGUCUUUGAGACCGUCACUGCGGGAGUCACCAUCCAGAGCCCCCAGCUCGACAUCAACACGGUGGCAGCGGGCGGAGGCUCGAUUCUCUCGUACAAAAACGGCCUCUUCCACGUGGGCCCCGAGUCGGCCGCGUCCGAACCUGGCCCUGCGUGCUACCGUAAAGGCGGCCCGCUCACUGUCACGGAUGCCAAUCUCUAUUUGGGGCGCUUGCUCCCAGAAUACUUCCCGCGGAUCUUCGGGCCCAAUGAGGACCAGAGUCUAGAUUUCGACGCGUCUGCGUCCAAGUUCGAGGAGCUCACGCGCCAGAUCAACGCAGAAAGCCCGGAAAUGACGCCCAUGACCCCUCGCGAGGUCGCGUACGGAUUCAUCAAGGUCGCCAACGAAACCAUGGCACGGCCCAUCCGCCAGUUGGCGGAAGCCAAGGGGCACGUGACUGCGGCCCACCGCCUCGUGUCCUUUGGCGGUGCUGGUGGCCAACACGCGGUGGCCAUUGCCGAAUCCUUGGGCAUCAGCACAGUGUUGAUCCACCGGCACUCGUCUGUCUUGUCUGCGUACGGCAUGGCGUUGGCAGACGUGGUCGAGGAUGUACAAGAGCCUUUUUCCGUGGUGCUCUCCGAUGACAGCCAGGAUAGCUUGGCACAGCGGUUGGACCAGCUCAAGAAACAGGCGGCUGCGACGUUGAGGGCCCAGGAGUUCGACGACAAAGCCAUUGUCUACGAGGAGUACCUCAACCUCCGUUUUGCCGGCACCGAGUCUGGCAUCAUGGUGCCCAAGGGCACGGCGUGGGAUUUCAAGGACACGUUCAUGGCGAUGCAUAGGCGGGAGUUUGGCUUCGUUUUUGACAAGGAGAUCCUUGUGGAUGAUGUGCGUGUGCGUGCCAUUGGCAAGUCUGUCCGCAGCCAAGACGAGUACGUGGACGACCAAAUCCACCGUUUGAAAGCCAAAAACAAGAUCCUCCCCGCUUCGGCUGCGCAGGCGUCGUUUUCCAAGAAAGUGUACUUUUCCGGCGCCGAGCUCGACACGCCAGUCUACAGAUUGGAGGACUUGGUGCUUGGAGGCAAUGUGUCAGGGCCCGCCAUCAUCGCAGACGGCACCCAGACAAAUGUCGUGCCUCCGGGCGCAUCAGCCUUGGUGUUGAAAAGUCAUGUGGUGGUAACCAUCGCAGAAAAAGACGCUCAAAGUGAUGCCGCUGCAGGUGAUACUGCGUCACUGGCUGUGGAUCCAGUGCUUCUUUCAAUCUUCGGCCACCGGUUCAUGGAUAUCGCCGAGCAGAUGGGCGCGUCCUUGCAAAAAACAUCGGUGUCAGUAAAUGUCAAGGAGCGGCUCGACUUUUCGUGUGCGUUGUUCGACAAGGCUGGUAACUUGGUGGCAAAUGCGCCACACGUUCCCGUGCAUCUAGGCCUGAUGUCCACAUGUAUCACGUUUCAGGCCAAGCACUGGGAGGGCAAACUCGAGCCCGGCGAUGUCAUUGUCAGCAACCACCCGAUGGCGGGGGGCACACACUUGCCAGACAUCACCGUCAUCUCACCGGCGUUCGAAAAUGGUGAGAUCAUCUUCUACGUGGCGUCGCGUGCUCACCAUUCGGAUAUCGGGGGGCUUUUGCCUGGGUCCAUGCCUCCCGGGUCCAAAAUCUUGGAACACGAGGGUGCGGCGAUUUUCUCCGAGUUGCUCGUGAAAGGCGGCCAGUUCCAAGAAGCUCGCAUGAUUGAAUUGUUGUUACACAAGCCAGCUGAGGCUGCCGGGUGCUCCGGUACACGCCGCUUGAGCGACAAUCUCAGCGACCUCAAGGCACAAAUUGCGGCCAACCAGAAAGGUGUUCAGUUGAUCGACAAGUUAGUGUCCGAGUUUGGAUUACCCACGAUCUCUAAGUACAUGGGUGCUAUCCAGGACAACGCCGCGGAAACCGUAGGACACAUGUUGAAGUCAGUGAUACGGAAGUCUGGCAAUGGACUUCAGUGUGUCGACUACAUGGAUGAUGGCUCGCCAAUCUGCUUGAAAGUGUCCGAAGAAGCCGAUGGACAGGUGCUAUUUGAUUUUUCAGGAACUGGAAUGCAGGUUUACGCCAACAGCAAUGCGCCCGUGGCUAUUACGUACCUGGCUAUCAUCUACUGUUUGCGGAGUUUGGUUGCUGAAACAAUACCAUUGAACCAAGGCUGCUUACGUCCAAUUAGAGUGAAAAUCCCUAAGUCAUCGCUCCUCAAUCCGGACGAGGGCUGUGCGGUUGUGGCCGGCAAUGUAUGCACGUCGCAGAUCAUCACGGAGGUUAUCUUGACUGCGUUCAGGGCACUGGCAAACUCACAGUCGUGCAUGAACAACUUCACCUUUGGUGUAGGAGGAAACGACGAGAACGGGAACUACGUUCAAGGCUUCGGCUACUACGAGACUAUUGCUGGUGGCCAUGGUGCCGGGCCUACAUGGUCCGGUGUCAGUGGUGUGCACACGCACAUGACCAACACUCGUAUCACCGAUGCAGAGGUCUUCGAGAAGCGCUACCCUGUGCUUCUUCGCGAGUUCAGUAUUCGCGAGAAUUCCGGUGGCUCGGGUGCAAAUCCGGGUGGGUGUGGUGUCGUGCGAGAUGUUGAAUUUCGGGUUCCAGUAACCGCGUCGAUUCUCUCGGAGAGACGUGUCAUUGCGCCGCAUGGCUUGAAUGGUGGAGGAGAUGGAGCUCGAGGUCAAAACAUUUGGGUGCGUCAGAUCAAGGACGAGCAGGGCAAUGUGGUGGACCAUCGUGAAGUCAAUGUGGGAGGCAAGGCUACUGUCACAGCACAAGUCGGCGAUCGCUUCAUUAUUAGAACACCCGGCGGUGGAGGAUUUGGUGCUGAGACGGAUAAGAUCAUAUCGGAGCGAAAAUUGCACGGUAAUUAUGGGUUUGUGGGCACUGGCUCGAUUGCUUUGCGAAACGAGGCCCAACUCUCGAACUAG